AUGCGAAGUUAUAGACAGCAGCAGCAGCAGCAGAAGAAACAGCAACAGCAGCAACUACAGCGAUGCCAAGUGUUGCUGCUGUUGCUGUUGCUGCUUCUGCUGGGACUGCUUCCCGUGGCUAUUCCUGCUGCCGCCUCUCUGGCGGUGGAAAGAGCAGCAGGGAGAGAUGGAAGACGAAGCUGCUUCAGAAGCAAAACCAGCAAAAACAAGACCACAGCAACAGCAACAGGAGCAGCAGCAACAGCAGCAAAAGCAGCAAUACGAUUUAGUGCUGCUGCGCCGACGUCAACUCCCCGAAUAAAUGCCUUUGUCCUCAGAGGUGCCACACCGGAGCCUCGUCUAACCCGAUGCAGCAACAGCAGCAGAAGCAGCAGAAGCAGCAGCAGGACUUGCUGCAAUUCUGUUAGCGACACUGGACUGAACAACUGGCAGAAAUCUCCUGCAGCAAGACAGCGGCUGCUCCUCCAUAACCGGUUGCAGCAGCUGCAGCAGCAGCAGGAGCAGCAGGAGAACACCGACAAGCAGCUGCGGCGGCAGCAGCAUCUUGUAAAUUUUGAGCUCGAGAAAAUUUCAGCGGCUGUCUUGGAGGGCAGCAUCGAUGCAACGGAGCAGCAGCUACCCCAGCAGCAGCAGCAGCAGCACCAUCGACAAUCACUGCAGCAACUGUCGCAGCAGCAGCAUGUGCGACACCGAACGCAGCAGCAGCAUCAGCAGCAGCAGAACGAUCUUCAUGGUCAUCCAAGUGAGCAGCAUUUUUCGCAGCAGCAGCAACCUUUGCAGCAGCAGCAGCAACAGCAGCAGCAGCAGCAGCAGCAGAAGGAUUUGGAGCCCCUGAAGUAUGACGUGUUGGUGGUUGGUGGUGGUCAUGCUGGUAUAGAAGCAGGUGUAUCAGCAGCACGUUUGGGGCUGCAUGCAUGCAUAAUAAGUCCUGGUGGUAUAUUAUCUACAGGAAUAUUAUCUUGUAACCCUUCUAUAGGGGGUAGUGGUAAAAGUUUACUAGUAACAGAAGCAGAUGCAUGCGGUGGCCUAAUAGGGAGAGCAGCAGACCUUGCUGCUGUACAUUGGCGGGUAUUGAAUCUUUCUCGUGGUCCUGCUGCUUGGUCUACUCGUGUCUUAGUAGAUAGGCGUCGUUAUGCAUAUUGCAUGCAGAGAUUUGCUGCUGCAUUCCCUACCCUUUCCUUCCUUGAUGCAACAGUAGAGGAGGUCCUAACAGAACCCCUAACACUGCAGCAGCAGCAGCAGCAGCUGCAGCAGGAUGGACAGCAGCAGCAACAGAAGAGGAGGGUGUGGGGAGUUAGACUCAAGGAUGGGAGGGAGGUAGCAGCAGCAGCAGUUGUUGUUGCUGUUGGUACUUUCUUAAAUGCUGCUGUUGCUGUUGGCAGCAGCAAAGCUAGUGGAGGACGCAUGCAUUCCUUAGCAGAAGCAAGAGCAGCAGCAGCAGCAGCAGCACAAACACGAGAAGGAGGCAAACAACAACAGCACCUGUUGCACCAGCAGCAGCAGCAACAGCAACAGCAGCAGCAGCAGCAACAGCAGCAGCAGCAGCUCCCUCCGUCAAUCCUGCAUGUAGAAGCAGCAGCAGAUGGAUUGGCGGCCUCCUUGCAGCGUCUUGGUCUACAGACUACUUACUUCAAGACAGGUACACCUGCUCGUUUAUUGGGUUCAUCAAUAGAUUUUUCUGUAUUAGAGCGUCAGCCAUCAGACAAGGUUCCUCGUCCUUUUUCUGGUGUACAUACACCUCAAUGCAUGCAAAAAAGAAGAAAAGAAUGGAUAGAUUGUUAUAUAACAAGAACAACACAAUUAACAAAAGAAAUUGUUCUUAAUAAUUUACAUCAGCUCCCUAUACACCGCGAGAAUCAAGGCAAUGGUAUAGGUCCAAGGUAUUGUCCUUCUAUUGCUAAUAAGAUGCGUUUAUAUCCACAUAAUGAGCAUCAUAUAGUAUGGCUAGAGCCUGAGGAUAAAUUAAGAAGAGUAAUAUAUCCAUCAGGUUUAUCUGGUUAUGAGGAAGCAGCAGCCUUAGGCUUAUUGGCGGGUUGGAAUGCGGGGCUCUUUGUCUUAUCUAGUAAGAGGAGGCAACGCAUGCAGCAGCAGCAGCAGCAGCAGCAGCAGCAGACAGCAGCAGCAGCUGCAGCUGCAGUAGCAGCAGCAGCAGCAGCAGAAGUGGGGGCAGAAACAGCAGAAACAACUACAGCAGCAACAAAAGAAACAGCAGCAGCAGGAACAGCAGCAACAGCAGCAGCUGUAGGGGAAUCAGCAGCCAUCCCCAGCAGCAGCAUCAGCAGCAUCAGCAGCACGAGCAGCACAUUCGCUCCUUUCCCUGACGGUGGUGUAGAUAUAGCUGCUGCUGCUGCUGCUGCAGCAGCAGCAGCAGCAGAUUCACCCCCUGAAUGUAUAGAGAUGGAUAGUGCAUGCAGCAUGACGGGUACAAUAGUGCAGCAGCUGCUAGCAGCAAACAUGAAUGAGCCAUUAAGGGCAUUUGCUGCUCAGCUGCCACACCGGCUGUCUAUACGCAGCGACACUGCAGCGCAGCGGCUGCUGCUGCUGCUGCUGCAGGGAAAAUUAUUCAAUAUAACACAUAAAAGAAUAUUAAAUACUAUUAGGCAGCAACAACUGGCACAGGCUAUUACUAAUAUUCUAAGACAAUUUGAGCUGCCUACCUCGCGGUGGCACACUUUAUUCUCUAAGGCAAUUGCCCGCCUAGAGGAUCUGCAGCAACGAGUUGCUGCUGCUGCUGCUGCUGCUGGCUUAGAUGCUGCUGCUGCAGAAGCACUAGCAGCAGCAACAACAGCAGCAACAGCAACUCGAGUCGGUGCUGCAGCAGGAUGGCCUGGAUGUCGCAUCAAGGAUGCUGCAGCAGCAGCAGGAACAGCAGCAGCAGCAGCAGCAGGAAAAGAGGAAGAUAAUGAUGGUAUUGUGCAUGCACAAUUACUGCAUGCACCUCUUUCUUUGCUGCUGCAGGGGCUGCAUGCAUUAGCAGCAGCAAGCAAGAAACAUAAAGGAGCAUUUACUGCUAAUCAGCUUCUUCCUUCUCUUCCUCCUUCUAUACUUAAACUUAAUUAUGACUAUCAGGGGCCCCCAGCAGAGGGGCCCCCAUCAGAGGGGCCCUCAUCAGAGGGGUCCCCAUCAGGGGGGGCCCCAUCAGAGGGGCCCCCCUCAGAAAAUACCUCUAAGGGGCCACCAUCAGAGGGACCCACAGAGGGGCCCCCAUCAGAGAGCACCUCUAAGGGGCCCCCAUCAGAGGGCUCCACAGGGGGGGCCCCCUUAGGGGGCCCCACAGGGGCCCCUCUUGAUAGUAUUGGGGGUGUAGGAGAGGACAAAAUAAAGAAAAAAUAG